CCGAAUGAAGUCUGUCUGUUGGAGGCCACCGUCUGACGUCAUGCCCAAACAGGAACUAACACAGCGCAGUUUGUUGAUGUGAUUUUGCAGUGAAUUUCUACAGAAACGCUUGUUAUAACUGAAACGAAAGUGCCGCAAUAUGUCCCAGGAUUUCUGGUUACAGAAUUAUGAUGCAGCUUGUCGGCUGGCUCAAGAAAUUGCGGAAAACAUCCAUGAAAGAAACAGACAGCAGAGAACUGGAGGAAAUACAGCCAAGCUGAACAUGACCCUGAGAGCAUCAUUACAGAAGCUCAAACAGAAUAUAGCACAGCUCAGGGAGACGUUGAAUCGAGCUGCUGCUCAAAGGCAGAUAUUGCAAGCUGAAGCAGACAGAAGACAAAACCUUGUUGAUGAUCUUGCUACUAGAGAAACAAGACUGAACGCCUCUUUCAAAGGAGACCUCACAGAAGCCGAGCCAUCAAGGUCAAGUUUGAUGGCAGGUGGAUAUGGUUCGGGACCUGCAGUGAACCCGUGGCUGGUUAAUGAGCCUGAGGAGACCAGAGGACUCGGCUUUGGAGAAAUCAAACAGCAACAGCAGCAGAUUAUCGAAGCUCAGGAUGCUGGCCUGGAUGCUCUGGCUGCAGUCAUAAGUAGACAAAAACAGAUGGGUCAGGACAUCGGCAAUGAGCUAGAUGAACAGAAUGAUAUAACACCUCUCCCAUGUGCGUAUUAAAGUCCUGCUUUCCUCUGGAAACCAGCCAUGAAGAGCUGUCACAGGUCUUGAGCAGAGUCCUCUGUUUCAAGGAACAGAAAGAGACUCUGCAGAAGGGGCUCCUUCCCAAAUGUUGUAACUUUGUGCUCACUUUAUAUAAAAAGACUUUAGACGGCACAUGUACAGUGUCUUCAGAAAGCAUUCAUGCUGGUAUUUUUUUUUUUUUUUUUAAACAUUUUUUGCCCUUCAGUAACACUAUAAAUGUAACACAUUAUUAAUUUCUGUGAUUAAUUCAUCUGAUUAACACAAUUAAAGCCAUAAUCUAAAAUUUCUGUCAUUAUUUACACGCCCUCAAGUCGGUCCAAACCUGUAUGACUUGGAACACAAAGAUAUUUUUAGGAAUGUUGGUAACCAAACAGUUUCGGUUCCCAUUGACUUCUUUUAUGUUUUUUAACCAUACAAUCAAGUCAAUAGGAACCAAAGUUUGUAACUGUUUUAUAUGGAGUUAUUUCAAACUAAAUAAAAGCAAAGCGUAGUGUGAUGUCAUUUUACCUUCAAAAAAAUAAAAGCAAUAAUUUUAAAAAAUACAUAAUACAUUGGUAUUGUAUUUCUAUAGAUUAGUAUUGGUAUUGGUGAUAUUAUACUUCCUUAAAAGAUUCUAUUAAACAAAUAUCCAAAUAUUUGUGUAUUUAAAAUAUACUUUUGGGGAUUCAGCAUUUGAUGACUCUACAUUUGGGAAUGAUUAACCACAGAAAACUGGGUAUUUUAAGUAGUUCAGUUUCAAAAUAAUUCUAGUAAAAAUAGUAAAAAUGAUUAAAGUCUGGGCAAUGAUUAAAGUCAAGACUUCAUGGUUGUUCUGCGUUCAAGAACACGGUCAGUUUUCAGUAUUUCUAUGAGCUUGGUGUAUUGGAAUUUUAAACUAUACCAAAUUAGCAUUUGCACAAUGUACUUUUCUGGUCAUGCCGUAGUUUGGAUUGAAGUCUGGGCUCUGACUAGGUCAUUCCAGAACUACUGCCUUCUUUUUUUCCAAGCCAUCCCUUUAUUUUAGCUGUGUGCUGUUGAUUAUCGUUGCACUGGAAAAUUAAUCUUCAACGUAAAUGCAGCUCUCUGACUGACUCAAACAGCUUCUCUUUAAGUAUUUACCUGUAUUUGGAUCUAUCCAUGUUGGUCUUGAUACCAACAAGGUUUUUCCAAAAGCAACCCCAGGGCAUGAUGCUGCCACUGCCAUUCUUGAUAUUGGGUUGGUUUGCACCAAACAUUCUUCUUUGCUUUAGGUGAAUCGACCUUGGACUAAUAAGACCACAAAAUUCUUCCAGAAGGUUUGGAGUGGCUUAAAAGUUUUGUCACAUGGCUUCUAGCAAACUUUAUCCAUGAUGUAAUGUCAGUCUUUUUCGAAAUUGGCAUUCUUAUAGCCAUUCUCGUGAAGAGGCAGAAUCAUUGAAGUGUUGAAGGAAUUGUUGAUGUGUACAAAGUUUCCCCCAUUUCAUCCAAAGAACUCUGCAGCUCUGUCAGUGUUGUAGCUGGUUUCUGAUAAUUUCUCUGGCAAUUGACCUUCUGGCCUUGAUUAUUCGAUCUGGUAGAUGGCCUAAUCUUAGUAAUGUUUGGAUUCUGCCAUUCUUUUUUCCAUUUGGUAACAGCAAAUAUCCCAGCUUUCCUUGGCAAUCAUGUGACCCUUCUAGUAUUUUUAUAACCUUGUGAGGACGUUUAUUCCUCCAGACAAUGUAACUCUAAAGUUCUACAGGUGGUUCCAUGGUCUACAUCAGACCGCUGGACUGAUCUGUUUUUAGUUGUGAAAUGCCAGAAUAAAACUAACUUGGUUUAACUCAGGGGUUAUUCAGAGUUUGUGUUUCGUCUAUACAUUUAAACUUGAUGCAGCACCUUAAAACCACAGUGCUCAUGGUGUGAGAUGCAAAAAACGAAAACAUCUGUCAGACGCAUGUGUGUUUAGACUAACAAUUAAAAAUGAGUGUUGCUGGAAAGUUAUGUGAACACAAUGUGAAGUCUGCCUUGACAGAUUUCAAACUGAGUUCUGGGGACUCCUAGGGAUCUGCAAGAGGGUGCUAGGGGAUCCAUUAAAUAAUUGAGAGAAGAAAAAAGUAAAAGAAAAGAUUUUUUUUUACAAUGAUUAAUUACCAAGUUUGACAACCAUAUUUUUUUUAACAGUAAAAAUGCAAACAAAAUCUGUAGCUUUGUG